AUGCCCUUUAUAAGUAGCCACGAAAACAACAAUGGAUGGGAUCAAGAUAAUUCAAGAUUGAUCCCUUUUGAUGAAUCAGCACGCAUACUCUUGGAAUUCGAAGUGUCCACGUCUGUGUUGGAUGAUUUGAGUGAAGAUGACUAUUCUGAUUUUGAAGAUGAUAGUACUGAUGGUCAGGAAGAUAUGGGUUUUGAGGAUAACAUGUCUUAUGUUUCUUCAGAAUCAUACACUAGUCAUGUUCUUGAUGCUAAUGAUCUUUCAAUGCAGCUGCGGACAGAACUUGCCCUGGGUGAAGUUUCGCCCCUUCCUCCGCCGUAUACUUUCACUCUUUAUUCUGCUGGUUUUUAUCUUGAAGAUCCAUCUUUGAGGUUAGCGGAAACCUUGAGUGAUAAUGUGGGUCCAAAGGCGCAGUCCGCGAGUAAAGAAUCGAUUGAAAACUUGGAGGAGGUGAAGAUUGAUAGGGAAUCAUCAAAUUUGGAGUGUCCCGUUUGCUUAGAAACGAUCUCAACGGGGUCCGAAGCUAAACGCAUGCCAUGCUUUCAUAUCUACCAUGGGAAGUGCAUUGUUGAGUGGUUAAUGAAUAGCAAUACAUGCCCUGUUUGUCGCUACCAGAUGCCUACAGAGUCUUGA